AUGAUCUUCCCGCUGUUAUUGAUCUGGACGGCCAGUCUGCAGGCUUGCGCCGUGCUUGGAAGCGACGCGUACAAUGUGAUCGUGGUGGGGUCUGGUCCUGGCGGACUGGUGGCGGCCGAGUAUCUGACGCGGCAGUCGGACGUCUCGGUGCUUCUGCUCGAGGCUGGCAACGUGUCGCUGCAGAGCACUGGGGGCUCCGACGUGCUCUCGUACUCAGCGUCCGAGGGCUGGACCACGUUCGAUAUCCCUGGAGAGUUCGACAACACCAUCUACAACGCCGAGAACGAGGAGUACCGAGCCGACUGGAUCAACCUGUCGUCCGUGUGGCUUGGCAAACUGCUCGGCGGCUGCUCGUCCAUCAACGCCGUGCAGUACUUCCGUACGCCCGACUCCUACGUAACCAAGGCCUCGUGGCCAUUCAGUGCCGACGUGGUGAACAGCGGCUUCGAUGCGAUCGAGGAGCUGUCCCCAUACACGGAGACGCCGUCUGCUGACGGUGAAUACUACCUACAGGAGGCGUUUGACAUCGUCAGCUCCGCGCUGGGAGGUGCGGGGUACGCCUUCAAGACGCUGAACAACGAGGAAGCCCGGAAUGGUAAGAACAGCACGUACGGCCACCCGCCGUACACGAUCAAGGGUGGAUUGAGGAACUCCCCGGCCAAGACGUUCCACUCCGAGAUGGAGGGACGAAGCAACUUCAAACUGCUCGUGAACUCGAAGGCACUGUACAUCCAGCAGACGCAAGGCAACGCCACUGGGGUCGUGUACCAGAACGAGGCAGGAGACUCGGUCGAGGUGCCGUUGACCGAAAGGGGUGUCGUGGUGGUUGCAGCUGGAGCGCUGGCCACGCCGCAGCUUCUGAUGCAGAGUGGAAUUGGGCCUCAGGAUCAGCUUGAGGCGCUUGCCGCGACGGGGUCAUUUGAUGGGGUUGGCGGCCAGGACGCGUGGGUGGUCAACAAGGCUGUGGGCAAGUCUGUUUUCGACGCUGCGGUGGUGUACGCCUCCUUCACGCACGCUGGGAUGGUGCCGUUCCUGAAUACCAAACGACCGGAAGACGCCAUCGCACAGUUCGUGAAGAACCAAACUGGGCCGUGGGCUAUCCCCGGUCCGGUGUUGACAGCCUACGAGACCAUGGAGAUCGGCGGCCGAGAGUACGAGCUCCAGACGACGGUGCUUCCUCACGGGUUUGGCGACGCUUACGAGACGGAGGAAGCGUACACGCUCGCGUUGUUGCUCAACAAUCCGGAGUCGCGAGACUAUAUAAGUGUGGACGGAAAUGCGUUCAACGUGGCGACCAACGGAUCUUGGUAUCUGUCGACUCCGGGCGACGUUGAGGCCAUGGAGGCGUACGCUGCCAGGAUGAUCUCCACCAUGACAGACGCCGGGUCCGUAUUCCUCGGCGGCGCCUCUAGUAGUGGGGAGGUGGAUAUCGCAACCUGGGUCUCCGAUAACGCUGGUAGUGUGAGCCACCACUUUGGGGGAAGCUGCUACACAGCGGCGGAUACUGCGGACGAUGCUUCGCGAUGCGCGGACGCAUCGUUUCGAGUCAUUGGCACCCAGAACGUCUACAUCAGCGACGCCAGCCUCAUGAAGGAGGGGACGGUCAACCCGUACGCCUUCGUGAUGUACAUUGGGCACCAGGCCGCCAAGAACGUGCUCGACGCGGCGUUCGGCGUCAGCGCCGACGCGGACCUGAAGACGACCGGGUCGUCGAGUGGCAACAUUGAUAGCGACAGCAGCGCGGCCAGGAGACUGUCGGGUGCGACCAUCGGUUCUGUCGUCGCUCUUCUUGUUGUUGCAUUAAUCGCGCUGUGA